AUCACAGCAAAGACAAGACAGAUGGAAAAGGAAGCCAAGGAGCUGUUCAGGUCCUAUUUGACUCACCAGGGCUUGCUUGCGUCCGACCUUCACCGACUCUGCGAUGAGGCUGUACAGUGGUUUCCUACAGAGAAUAUAACAGACCAGCCAAAGGUUGUCAUGCUGCAGGAGCUAUACCGGACUCUGGUGCAUAUGAAGGACGCCCUCGAGAACAUCGGGAAGCAGCAGCAGGUGCUGAGCACCCCAGGUGCUGCACUACCUGACAAACUCCAAAACACCCAGUGGGCGGUGAGAGGGCUUCUCUCCAACACCGGCUGCGCCCUCUGUCUCGAGGGCGUCUCGCCCAACUCCAGGCACACCCCAGAGAGACCUGCAGCCACUAACGCUUUCCAGCAAAAGAUUGACGGAUGCAAAGUGCUCAGGAACUGGCAGAAGUUCCUGGAGAAACUGGCCAGGGGCUCAGUGAAGAAAGCGCCGCAGGCACUCAGAGAUCAAAGGAAAAGACGGAAAGGCACAAAAAGAAAGGAGGGUUCCUCACGCUCCUGAAUGAGCCGCCCAGUGGGAGCCAGGGAGCCCUAGAUGGCUGCCACUCAGACCUGGUAUGGGGACGGAGCCAGGCUUCCGAGAAAUACUUGAAUGAAAUACACAACUCCUGUUUAACCCUGAGAAGCGGCUACACAGGAGCCCAGUGCAGGUACACCAGAGCCAUGUCAUGUUCUGGUCCCACACUCAAUGUGCUAGGACGACAGUCCCUCGGGGCCAGAUUGGCAAAGUG